GGGGAAACUAGUGCGCCUGUGGUUUUGCCUGCAACUGUGGUCUAUUUCUUUAAUGAGAGAGAGAGAGAGAGAGAGAGAGAGAGACGCUGUUUCAUAACUGACUGGCAGAGCAGCAAAUGAAGAAAGCUGGAAUUAGGGUGAGGGAUCCCCCCAAGGAGCUAACACACAAGAAACUGGAGCAGGCUGAGGGUGGGAAAAAGAGAAAGGGAGGACGAAGCACAAGUGCAUAAACGCAGAAGAUUUGGGGAGGGUCACAUGGCCGCGCGCUGUUUCCUCUGCCCUUGGGUUGCCCUUAAUUCUCCUCCUCCUCCUCCUCCUCCAAUUUGGAGCUGCGUUCGCCCACUCCGCUUCUGCCCCGGUGCCUGAUUCCCUCGCCUGAAAGGUCCCUUCUCCACCGGCCCCGGCCUUAUCGAUCACGUUAAUGGUGCUGCUGCUGCAAGCUGCAGCUGCCGGCGCCUGGAAGUGCUGCAGCGUCUCCGGCUCGCCUCCCCUGGAGCUGCAUUGCUGUAGCAGCGCGCAGGCACCCACAGAGUCACGGAGCAGCCGGCGAGCCGAGGGGGGAAAGGAGCCGGGCGGCGAGGCCACCUGACCUGCCCCGCGCCGCCUGUGCACAUUCCAAAAGCAGCCCGUUCCUAAUAAAGAAGCGAUGGGGAUCCGGCACCGUCUCGCGCGCCUUCGGCUCUUCCUAUAAAUACUCGCCCUGCAAAGAAAACAAGCUUCGGUUGCUUCUGUCCUGCCCGCCCCAGACUCGGGCUGACCGGCAAAAAACCCAAAGCAAACCUAACCAAAGCAAAACAAACAAAAAGAGAGAGAGAGAGCCGUCGCCGUCGCCGCCGCGGGAGGAAAGAGAAGCCGAAGCAACUGCAGCCCGAGAGCCUGAGGCGAGGAGCGCCCCUCCUGCACCCGAGCUGAACCGGCGAGAUGCCCCGAGUAGAUGCCGAUCUCAAACUGGACUUUAAAGAUGUCUUGGUUAGACCUAAGCGAAGCAGCCUCAAAAGCAGAGCAGAGGUGGGGGCCUUUCCAAACGAGCAUGCUUUUUUCCUUAAUACUUCGCAUCUAACUCCGGUGGAUCUUAUGCGUACUUUCACAUUCCGUAAUUCUAAGCAAACCUACACUGGGAUCCCCAUUAUAGUAGCAAAUAUGGACACAGUAGGCACUUUUGAAAUGGCACAGGUUAUGACUAAAUAUGCAAUGUUCACUGCAAUUCACAAGCAUUACUCUCUGGAACAGUGGGAGCUGUUUGCAAGCAAUCACCCAGAAUGCCUAGAGCAUGUAGCUGUGAGCUCAGGCAGUGGCAUGUCCGACUUUGAGAAGAUGACCAGAAUCAUAGAGGCCAUUCCCCUUAUCAAGUACAUUUGCCUGGAUGUGGCCAAUGGUUAUUCAGAAUACUUUGUGGAGUUCGUGAAAGCUGUCCGCAUCAGAUUCCCCAAGCACACAAUCAUGGCAGGUAAUGUGGUGACUGGAGAGAUGGUGGAAGAACUUAUUCUAUCCGGAGCAGACAUUAUCAAAGUUGGAAUUGGACCAGGAUCUGUGUGCACCACUCGGAUAAAAACUGGUGUGGGUUAUCCACAGCUGAGCGCAGUGAUUGAAUGUGCAGAUUCUGCUCAUGGACUGAAGGGGCAUAUAAUAUCCGAUGGAGGAUGCAGCUGUCCAGGAGAUGUUGCCAAAGCUUUUGGAGCUGGUGCUGAUUUUGUGAUGCUCGGGGGCAUGUUUGCAGGACAUGACCAAUGUGCUGGAGAGAUUAUUGAAAAAAACGGCAAGAAGGUGAAGCUCUUCUAUGGAAUGAGCUCUGACACAGCCAUGAAGAAGCAUGUGGGAGGUGUUGCAGAAUACAGAGCGUCAGAGGGCAAAACGGUGGAGGUGCCUUACAGAGGGGACGUGGAGGAUACCAUUCGUGACAUCCUGGGCGGCUUACGGUCUACCUGCACCUACGUGGGAGCUGCCAAACUCAAGGAGCUUAGUCGAAGGACAACUUUUAUUCGGGUAACUCAGCAGCACAGCACAGCUUAUUAGCCAAAGAGGAAAAAGCUGUGGGGCUGUAAAACGUGCUGUCUGUUCUCCCCCUCUUCCAUUUUUUGGGGGGCAAGAUGGCUUCUUGCUAGCAUACUUCAAGCUAGAAGAGGAAGAAGGUUGAUUGCCCCCCCAAAAAAAGUUUGUUGUAGUGGUGGGGUUAAGCCUAAGGAGGUCAAGCCAUACACUUCAGCUAUGUCCAUGACGAUUUAUUCUUUGUUCAAAAUACAGUAGCACUCUAUUUAAAUGAGAAUUCUAUAGUUUGAUCUAGUCAGAUCUUCAUUCUGUUGGAACAGUUGUUACCAAUAUGAGCAAACCCACCUAAGCUUUAUACAGUCAACUGACCGGUUUCUUCUGCUCCUUUAACAUGGUGCAGAAGUCAGAAAAGCCAGGAGAGCAACUGUGAAAACUAGAAGGUGCUCAUUGCCGGAGUGUGGCCCCAGCAUGCCAACCUUCGGCCAACACCUCUAGAACUAAAAAAAUAAAAUAAAAUGCUGCUUUUCUCUGUGACAUUAAGUACUUGAUUUUUAAUGCGUGCUGAUAUAUUGAUGUUCUUAAAAUUGUUGAUUAAAUAGUUAUAUUAAUUUUAUUGCAAUGCUUUGCUGGCAGAGACAUUCAAACAAAGGAAAUGGACAUGUCUUUUAUAUUCAUGUAGGAUAUUUCCAAGAUAAUGGUGGUUGCUAUAUUUCUCAAGAUUCCUUUGGUUAAGGACAGAGGACAAACAUCGGCUUCAUAUAUAUUUUUUGGUUCCUACUGUUCAGGGCCUGAUUAAGCCACCUCCUUCCAUUUAUCAAAGAUCAAGUGUUUCCAGACACUACAGAAUACUUGCAGAGAAGUUGUAAGUGGAGUUCUGUAGUUUUAGGCGCCAGUCAGCUCCACAGCUCCUCAUAACCAAGGCCUUUCAGAUAAGGGGCAGUGUGGUUAUGACCUUCAGUCUGGAACUGCCGGUUCACUGGCUAAGGUUUGUUUGUUUUUUGUCACGCAGGCCUUCUGCUGCUGUGACUUCCUUUUCCUCCAGUAUAAAUGAUGGCUGCCUGCCUCUAACAUUAAAGUGCUGGACAGUCAAAUUACCAAGUCCCAGGGUGCAUCUGCUUCACUUUCUUACAUGAACGUGAACAAUUGCAUUCAUAGAUAGACAGGGCAAAACCUGCCUUCCCUCCUGCAUUUGACAAGGAGCUCAGAGGCGCUUCCUGCUUCCGUCUCGGAGUUUUUGUAAUCCACUCCCUCCCUUGGAGUCAUUAGCAGCCUUCCUUUGAAAAGCCAGUUUAAGCUGGGGUGGGUAGAAAGGUAGGAGUAUGCCAAUGAAGAAAUGUAAUCUACUCGUCAUUUGCUGAUUAUUUUACUUUCAUAGAUGAUCUAAUAAGUAAAGAGAGAAGCGAGCAUACAAAUGUACACACUAAUUUCUGAACUGGAACAGUGUCUUAAAACCACAGCAGAAAAAGAUAGCAGCCUAAUUUGCUAGCAGGUUUGAAUUUUCUGGGAUAUUGAGAGCUACAGCAUCACAUCUCUGUUGUACUUUUAAAGUACUCAUUCCCAUCCUGGAAGACACUGCAACCAACUAUACUGAAGGUGUGUGGUCUAAUUAUAUAUUACAUUUUAGGAACUUGCAUUGGAUUU